CUGGCAUACUCCGGGGAUCCAGCCAGUCGGCAGCCAACGAGAUGCAAGAGCCGCUUUGCCGCGAUGAUGUGCUCGCAGAGUCUUGGUGCUUGACCCCCCAUGAUGUUGUGAUUUCGCCAGGUCUCCGUGGAUCGGAGUAUUUCUCGCCUGGUUCUUCUUCUCUUCUCUUACCAUCUUCAAUCUGUUCAUUGGAUUCAACCCGGUCGUUCCUCUGGAGUGGUUCUAUAUCUCCUCUUAGUUCUAUAUAGACUAUUACUUGACUUGUGUGCAAAGAAUCUGCAAUUGUCUCUACUCUACUCCUCUCCAUUGGAAGCCGUUGUUCAAGAUGCCUUCUAAGAUCCCUUCCAACUACCCCUCGGACACGGAGACCGUGGACAGAGAGACCCUGACGGAGUCUGGCUAUGUUAGCGGCAGUUCGAGUGACGAUGCUCUGCCUGAGGUCUACUUCACCAAGCCGCACUUGACGUUCCUCAACAGGCAAUUACAGUUUCUGGAGCCUCAAGAGGUUCUGAGAUGGGCUAUUACCACUCUUCCCAACCUGUAUCAGACGACUGCCUUUGGUCUCACGGGUCUCGUGACCCUGGACAUGCUCUCCAAGCUCGAGGUUCCUCGCCCGCAGCUGGUUGAUCUCAUCUUCCUCGACACCCUGCACCAUUUCCCGGAGACGCUCGCUCUUGUCGACAAGAUCCGCAAGCGCUACCCGUUGGUCAACAUCCACGUCUACAAGCCCCUUGGGGUUGAGACGGCCGAUGAGUUUGCCAAAAAGUACGGGGACCGUCUCUGGGAAACCGACGACCAGAUGUACGACUGGACCGCCAAGGUUGAGCCCGCUCAGCGUGCGUACCGGGAACUCAAUGUCAGCGCUGUCCUGACCGGCCGCCGUCGCAGCCAGGGCGGCAAGCGGGGUGACCUGGACAUCAUCGAAGUCGACGAGGCCGGUCUGAUCAAGAUCAACCCGUUGGCCAACUGGUCGUUCGACCAGGUCAAGCAGUACAUCAAGGAGCACGAUGUGCCUUACAACGAUCUGCUGGACCGCGGCUACAAGAGCAUUGGUGACUGGCACUCCACGCAGCCUGUUGCUGAGAACGAGGACGAGCGGUCGGGUCGAUGGAAGGGCCAGGCCAAGACCGAGUGCGGGAUUCACAACCCCCGAUCCAAGUACGCCCAGUACCUGAUGGAGCUGGAGCGGAAGCGACAAGAGGAAGCUCUUGCACAGGCUCUGCAGCAAUCCUCUGUCUCGGCCACGCAAUGAGGCGUCGACCUUGACGAGAAAAGAGUCCACGACUUGCUUUCCAGGGAGAGACAGUCAUAAUGAUCCAGGACUGCUCUUGAUUAUUUUGCAUGACGUACGGCGUUUCGACAAAUCAUGGGUUACAUUGCUCGGUGGAAAAUAUUU